GGGCUCUAGCCCGGCCGCCACGGCGUUAAAUACAACAACAACAACAACAACCUGAGCUGACAUCGUGAAGAUUGAUGUGCCAUUAGUGGUGGGAAGUCCUUCGACCACAGUCGGUACCGGUAGUCUCCUCAUCUGAUUUCUCUAGGCUCUGUAAACUCAACAUGGUUCAAUCAGAGAAAAUCCCUUUCUCGGAAAUCUUUCCAUGGGCCACCUUUCGCCGACAGGCAAAGGCGGACCUUGCACCCCCUACGACAAGUUUCGAAGGGAAAACAAUCCUCCUCGUUGGCGCCACCGGCGCAAUUCUUUCAGAAGCGGCCCGCAUUAUUACCAGACUGAGUGUCUCGACUCUUAUUUUGGCGGUCCGAAAUGUUGCAAAGGGCGAAUCUUUGGCUGAUGAACUGAGGAAAGCGAUCGAAGAUGGCUCUCGCCAUCAGCCAAAAAUCACGGUGAUGGAAGUGGACCUCUUGUCCUUUGAUAGUGUCAAGACUUUUGCGACCAGAAUCAACGAUUCACAGCACCGUAUCGAUGUGGUGGUCAUGGGUUCUGCUAUCAUGAACAAUGAGACUAGAGUGACAGCAGAUGGCUGGGAAGAGACAUUGCAAUUGAUUCAUCUCUCAUCGGCGCUCCUGAUUCUACUCCUCUUUCCCAAAAUGCUAGCCGAUGGAGGAACUCAACCAGUGGUGCUCUGCAGUUUAACCAGCGCGGCAAUCCGCUCCGCAGCCCCGAUGGUCGAGCUCCCAAAUGAUGCAAAAGACUGCUAUCUGAAGCAGGUCAGCAUUGUCAAAGACGCCGCUACACAGAAGAGUUACCAGUAUGGGCUUGCAAAGAUCAUCCACGCAUGCUGGAUCAGGGAGCUCUGCGCACGUCAUCUUUCGGGCAGUGACCCGAGAAUUCACUUUCACCAGCUGGACCCGGGUGCCUGUUUCACACCACUCAGCUCACAGGUUUUCAUCGGGCGACUACUGCUUUGGUUCAUUGGUCGACCUGUAGAGAUGUGUGCACGAACCGUUGUGAACUCAUGCCUACCACUGAUGGGAUCGCAUGGCAGGUUGCUGGUCGAUUACGAUAUUGCUCCGUACCCUGAGUUCAUGGACAGGACACUCGGGUUGGAACUCCAGCGCAGGGUUUGGCUAGAGACAAGCCAGGUAUUGGAGAGCUUAGUCACUCCUCAAGCGAAACGUUUUCUCUUUGGCCCAAGUUCAUGACUCGAUUUCCAACUUAACUGAAAGACCGACGGAGUUUUACAUUUUCAUAAAGGCUGGUUCGCCAUGAAAGGUCUACAUUAGAUUCACGGAUGAGCCAGAGCAAUUCAUUAUCAAACUCUAUAGAGCAAAUGGGGAUAAUUUCAUCUAAGUUCUCCACCCCAGGCUUCCCAUGCAUCCUCCAAACUCAAUCGUGCUUUCAGAACGUACAGAUCUCUAUGCUCCAGUGGGCUCUGUCUUGGGCACACUGGUAGAAGUUACGGGAGCAUCAUCCGGAGUAUCAACCUUAGGUGGUCGGUCCUCUACCGGGUCGCAAUCCGCCACCUUGGGAAUCCCCGUGAAGAACCUCUCCUGAUAUGCGGCAUCCAUCUGGGCUUGGAAGUUGGCGUCGUUGAAAGGAACCUGCGUCUUCUCAUACUGAACGUCGGUAAGGGCAUCCUUGGCCAAAUUUGGCAAUGACUCCCAGCUGAUCAGGGUUCGCUCA